AGGGGAAUGACUCGUGUCGGCGUAAUUGUAAUACUCGAUUAAUACUUGUCUUACGGUCGAAAAACGAGUGUAUCGUGAUAACCCGGAAGUACUUCAUGAAUAACCUGAACUGAACAAAAACGAAAGGGAAUAGAAUUUGUGUUAUUUUUACUGGAUUUACGAGAGAUAAAUGGGUGUCUCAAAUAAAAGAAGAAAUUCCGAGAAACGGAAGGAGAAGUCACGUGACGCUGCGCGAUGUCGUCGCGGGAAAGAAGCGGAGAUAUUUUCAGACUUGGCCAGCCACCUGCCCUUGCCGAUGUCCACUAUCGAUGCACUGGACAAGGCCUCAAUCAUGAGGCUACUGCUGAGUGACCUGAAAAUACGCACUGUCAUGAAUAAGCGGCCAAAAUAUGAGGUUCCAGAUGACGAGUUGGAGUUGAAGCUGGACUCGCUGUACCCGAAGGCUCUUGAUGGUUUCCUGUUGAUCCUUUCUAAAGAUGGAGAUCUGAUCUACGUCUCUGAGGGGAUUGCACAUAUCCUUGGCCUGCAACAGAUUGAGCUGAUUGGUCAGAGCAUCUACGACUACGCACACGCGUGCGACCAUGAAGAGAUACAGGAAGUGCUCUCCCCUCGCAGUGGAGAGGAGGGGAUGCCCAGGACCGUCUUCAUACGCCUCAAGUGCACCCUCACCCCCAAGGGACGCAGCGUCAACCUAAAGUCUGCUACAUUCAAGGUAAUCAAACUGACAGGGAAAUAUGUGGCAGACGACACCGUAGCAGACGAGAUCGUUGCAGACGGCGGCAAUGACAUCCGCAUAAAGGAAGAAGACUCAGACGAUUCCUGCUCGUACAGUGAGGAGGGGGUAGAGGGGCGAGGAGAGGCAUGGGUGUACCGCCCUCAAGGGGUGCCCCACUUCCUGGCCACGGCCGAGGCCAUUCCCCACCCAUCAAACAUUGAGGUGCCCCUCGACAGACGAACCUUCACCAGUAGGCACAGCAUGAACAUGCGCUUCACAGACUGUGAUGAAAGAGUGAAGCGUCUGAUUGGUUACCAGGCAGAGGAGCUGAUUGGUCAGACGUUCUACGGGUUCCACCACGCCAUUGACAGCAAGAUGAUGGACAAAGCCUUCAGAGAUCUGUUCUCCAAGGGCCAGAUCAGAACCGGUCAGUACCGGUUCCUUGCAAAGAAUGGGGGCUAUGUGUGGAUGCUCACAGAGGCUACAGUCAUCUAUAACCCCAAGUCUCAAAAGCCUGAACAUGUCGUCUGCGUCCAUUAUGUUCUCAGCCAUGUAGAGCAGCACGGUCGAAUCCUGGCCUCUAGCCAGAUUUCUGUACCCACGGCUAAGUCAGAGUUUUCUAGGAUAACUAGGAAGUCUCUCACCAAGACUAACGUCCUCAAGACAGAGGAGGGCUCGAGCCAGAAACCUACAUGCCAGAAGCAGCCUGUGCGCCAGGCGCGCACCAGAAGCAAUGUCAAGGUGGAAGACUUGUUUCACGUGCCACAGUUUAGUACGGAGGCGGUCUUUGCUGAGAGAACUGCAGAAAUGGACCAGGAUUUCUUCUUCCCUAAAGGGAUCAAGAGGACCGUCGGUGUUACGGGUCAGCUGGACCUGAGCCACCUGGCGCCACACAACGGGGAGGUUUGCAUCCCCCUGGACCCUGCGUCUGUCAGCAUCAUCAAGCAAGUGCACAGUUUUGGUUCGCAAUUGGAUCUUUUCGAUGAAAUGGCCAGUGAUACCCAGCUUUUGCCGUUCUCAGAACACAGCCUAAGCCCACGGAACAGGAACCAGCCAACAUUGCUAAGUCCAAUAGCAGCGGAAAAAUCUCCAAGUGCCCCCAGUCCUCUUGGUAACCUUGGUUACCUGACCACACUCAAGGCUGAGGACAUCAGCGCCUCCAGUCCCCCUGGGUACCUGACGACCAUCAACGCUGGGGACAUCAGUGCCAUGGACAACUUGUUCACAAACCUGGACACAGUGGACGAGGACCAUGGUCUAAUAGACUUUGAGCUCAGGGCCCCCUACAUCCCUAUGAGCCUAGAUGAAGACGUCAUGCUUUGCCAGCCAUCAAAGGACACGCUCCUCAACAUGGGAGAGGACUUCAACCCUGCUAUAUUUGGCUGCACAGAGUCGGUGUUCAGCAGCCAGGAUGACACUUACGAAGGGGCGCCACACAAGAAGCGCACAAUGUCUCCCCGCGAGAUGAUGGGGGGCAGCACCGUACAGAAGAGCCUGGAGCGACCCUACGACAUCAUGAUGAUGAAGAUGAAGCGGCCCUUGGAUAGAAACUGUUUAGAGACAGGCCCUCCUGCAAAGAUGACCAAGUAUCAGGCACCUUUACAACUCCGGGCUACUAAGCCAUCAGGCAUUAGCCAGCCCAGAGACCACAGUGUGCUGAUGAACCUUCUCCUGAGAGGGGAGGACAUGGACCAUGGAUAUGUGGUCAACAAGAAACAGAACAUAUCACCACCGAAGGCUGGUAAAAUCAUGCGGCUAACGAGUCACAACAUUGAGGUCAAUGCUCCGAGUCACUCGGGUAAUCUUUUGUUCGGCCAGGACAUAGUGUCCGCCCUUAACAUGAGCAGAUGUUAGACGCCGGCCACUAUGAUGACGUUUACACAGACUUCACCAGUGUGACGAUUAUAAUGAGUGAACAACUAUUGCUGACUUAACUUGAUUGAUUGAUACAAACUUUGAAAAUUUCAUAAAAAAAUUAUAAUGUUAUUGCCAAGCAUUGUAAUAUUCAACGUAGGAGAAUGUAAAGAGCUUAUAAAGUAGCUUCGUGACAGAAUGUUUUUUUAUACAAUGUUAAUGAUUUUAUGGUCAACAUUGUAAUAUUCACCAUAGAAUAUUUCUAUUUAAGUAACAUCUUUACUGUCUUUGUUGCAUGCGUAUGUCUAUUUCAAGUUCAUAGAUUUUUUUAGAUUCAAGGGCCUUAUCAUGAAUCUCAAAUUUAAAAAAUGCAGGAAAUUCAAAUAUAUGCAUAUGCCCCUUUUCUAUAAGGACCACAGGAUUUGUUAGAUCAUUUUGUACAAAUAUUUAGUGUUGUCAUAGAGAAUAGUAAUGUGGUGUAAGUUAACACUGGCCAUUGUUGAGACGCAUGUUUUUCGUGUUUUUUUUUUGUAUUUUGUUUAACCCUUUAUCACUUAUAUUUGUAUUUUGACGCAUUUGUAGUUCUUUAGGAAGUUACGUUUAAUUAGAGACUUUUCUUACUAAAUUCAAGUUUUAAAGGCUUCAUUUUAAAUCCUUAGUUACUGAUGAGCAGCAAACAGCAUAAAACCUGAACAGACUGUGAGUUACUUGCAGGCUGCAUGUUCUGGUUUUAUGCUGGUUGCAAAAGCCAUUUUCACUUUGCUUCUUAUGGGGGAAAAGGUUAAUUUGUUUAUUUUUUGCACUAUAUUCCUGGUAAUUUUGCAUUGUUCACUUUACAGUAUUGGAGUUUAUUACUUGAUUAUUUGGUUCAUUUGCUGUAUUUCUUGAAUUAAAUAUUCAGUUACUUUGUGAAUGAAGCAAACAAAGAAGACAAUUUGUUAUAAAAAUAUGGUACAUUGCAAGAAAUGAUAAAAUAAGUUUGAAAUCACAAUUUUAUGAAAUAAGAAAAAAAACAUUUUUAAAAUCUUAAAUAUUAAGUAUAUUUUCUACAUGUAAUGUCUACUAUUUGACACAUAAAGAAGCAGCAAAAUACACAAGCAGUAAGACAUAUUGUACAUAGCUAUAUAUUUUUUAGACAUGUGAUGAGAUUUUUGAUUGUGCCAUAAAUCUUUUCUUUAGAAGAGUACUUUUUAAAAGUUUUAGAUUUGUCUUUAAAAUAAACUUGAUGUAAAACAAGUCUCAUUUUCUCCUUAAAUGAAUGCUCAUGACUAAAAGAUACUUAAUCAAGUAAUAAAUAUUUAAUUUAAAUAUUAAAUUCAUUACUAUAACAUGCAGGAACUGUGUUUUUGUACUAAAUGUGUGUAAUUAUUUUUAAUGUACAUUUAUGUUCUUUUUUAAAUACAUUUCUGUAAAAGUGAAGUGGAGCUAAAGAGACGGAUUACAUUUAUGUAUUAUGUGUGUUAUAUUUGUUAUAUAAAGACAUUUACAUUACUCAAACAUUUAAAAUUUACGUUUGAACAAUUAUGCUCAUGCUAUAGAUUGACUUUCAGGUUGCUUUCGUUUAAUGAUGGAGAUGCAGAUUUUUUUCUUCUUUAUAGGAAAAAUGGAAAUAAUGCGAAAACACGCAAGUUAUUAUAAAUUGUUCGAACAAUCAAAGGAUGACGGUAUAAUAAUACCAAUUGUAAUGUAUAUUUUCUUUAAUAUACUUUUUUAUUAGGGUAUGUGUUUGAAAUAAUUAAAGUCAUGGUGUAUGAUUUUUUGUGGAUCUUUAAGAAAAUAUAUGUUUUUUAUUAUAGAAGUUGUUGGAUUUUUUAAUUUUGUGUUUCGGAGUGUGUUAUCAUUGUAAAUAAAAGUAAUCAUAAUCGUGUAUAGGCUUUCUUUAUAGGUGAUAGAAUAAAACAAAGGCGGGAAGUUUGUUCAAUACCAAAUUGCUGCAUAAUUAGGCUUAUGUCAUACGCCUAACAACUGGAUAUUGUGCCAGGAUAAGGUGACAGAUCUUGUCAUUGCAUUCAUCUAUUCAGUAUAUUAUGUCACAUAGCUACAUGCAGCUUAUGUAUUGUCAUUGAUAAAAACAUUAAAAAAAAAUAUUUAAAAAAAUUAUAAAAUGAAAAAAAAAACUUAAAAAUAUAUUGUAGAUGUAUUAGCUGUUGAAUUAUAUUGUAAUCAAAAUUGCUUUUUGUGAAAACACUAUGAAAUUUGUGUUAUUUCGCACGAAGAUCUCCGUUUCAUGACUUGUUUCAUAUACUAUCCUGGAUAAUGGGACUUGCUGAGUUUAAAGCAUAUAAUUUAAGGACGCUGUUGUGUUGCAAGAACUUUGGACGAUAAUAUUGACUGUUUGACUGACACAGCCAUAGCCCCACCCACUCUUGAUCAGGCAAUGUGUACAAACUCACUUUCCAUUUGGAAAGGUGUUGGUUGAAUUUCUUGAGGCAUUGAUGUUCUAUUUUAGCUGUUUCAAGAAGUUUUACAACCUUUUAUACGGUUCAUAGCCAAUAUACAUUUAAAAUAGUUUAUAAAAACGUUAUCAAAACAGAAAUGUAAUUUCAUUUUGUUUUUUCUGUUAUCAGUAGGAAUAGUUAGUUUAUGAAAAAUGACACAGGUUGUCAUGUUCAAAUACAUUUAAAUGGGCUAACAUUUUAAUUAUUUUUAUAAACACAGAACACAUAAACUUGCUCAAUGUUAUAUUAUCCAUCAAUUACAUCCAAAUCUUGUCUUCAAUGCAAUUCUUGAUGUUUAUCCAAAUUUUAGCACAGUGAAAUCAAUUGUUCUAUAAUUGGCCAAGUCGUACACUUCCAUGUAAUUUUAGCUGUAAAUGACAAAAUAUGUGCAUGUUAAAUCGACUUGAUGAAUUUAAACAUUAAUAACAUUGUAUUGUUCAUCUAGGUACAUUUCUGUGUCUUUAAAACAAUAGAAACAAUACCAAACAAACAAAUGUUAUUUAAACAUCUUAAGUAUUUUGCUUUCAAUUACUACUUUUAUAAUAGCUUGUAUUAAAGAUGUAUUAAAUUCAAUUAUUAGAUUCAAUAAUUAAUGUUCAGAUGUGUGAAUUUUUUUAAAGCCGUCAGCUUUCAAAAUAAUAAACAAAUUGAUACAAACUUCGGUCGUGAUGCAAAACAUUUUUAUUUAGUUAUUUGAAUGAGUAUACAUGUAUGUAAAUUUAAGUACAAAUGUAUUAAUGUUUGUUUAAGUCCACAUUGUUAAUUUUAAGGGUUAUGAAGCUUUAUUUAAUCUACAUAACAAGUCAAAGAUAAAAGGAAAACAAUUUUUGUUGUAAGUUUCUUAUGGUAUGUCUUUUUUCUGUAAUAAUCUUUUUCUUUUCAUAUUAGACCACUACUUAUAGUAGUAGCACUGGGUAGUAGUAAACACUUUUUUUUCAUUUUUUCCUUAUCAAGGGCUAUAUUUUGAAGUUCAUCAUAUCUUUAGUUUUCAUAUUGAGUUCACAUUUUUGCAGCAACAACAGGGAUACAUAUGUAGGAUGAUAAAACACAAUAAGUGAUAAUUUUCUGUACCAACUCGUAUGACAAAUGUUAUGUUGAGGUGUCACCUUCUAUUGUAUUUUGAGGAUCGUAGUUCAUUAAAUGAAUUUCAUUUUUUAUCACCAAGGCAGGGUUUAGAUUCAAAGUGAUAACAACAACACUUAGUUACCUUUGCAGUGAAUAUUUUCUGGUAUUAUGUUGUCUUUGUUAAUCUUGGGUUUAUUCAAUAAAGAAUUGUCAGGAA